UCGCUCUGAACAUUAACACGCAUCACUUGUAAACACAAGGACAUUAUUUUUCAUAUCAGCGAGAAAUAAUCAAAACACAGAAGGUUAAAUUGAUACACACCUUUAUAGGGUUAGUGUUCCCACACGUCAAUAUCCCCAUGUUACAGCAUGUGUUUACGGAAGACAGAGGGACCAUCUGUGCUAUAUAGCUAGCUAUCUAGCAUGCUCCGAAAACCUGUGUAACGGCCGCCAGAAACGUGUUGUCACUGAAAAAUACUGUCAGCUGCAACUGAUAAAUCCGGUUAAAACAGUGCACAAAUGUCUCUUGUGGAGGAGCGAGAGAAGGCCACCCUCAAGCAGUGUGUGCAGGCCCGCUCUCAGCUGGAGGAGGCCAUCGGUGGGGUGAUGAGGGCUGAGGCCCAGCUCAAGGACAACUCCAGAGAGGUGAAGUCCCAGCUUCACACCUGUAUCAGCAGACACCUGGAGUUUCUGCGUUCCCGUGAGGUGUGGCUGCUGGAGCAGAUUGACCUUGUGGAGCAGCUGAAGGGAGAGGCUCUGCAGGCACAGCUACAUCAGCUUCACCGGCUCCGAGGCCAGUUUGACAUUCUCAUUCAUCAGCUAGAGAACUCCAACAGCAACAAUCUGGCCAACCAGCUCACUAGCUGCAUGGAAAAGUUAUCUUCCCUGAACCUGACUCCCGAGGAAACCCCUGAGAUGAGCUUCCAGGCUGACACUCGCUCCUUGCGUCAGGCCAUCACCUCCUUUGGCACCAUUGCCACCCAGCACAUGGAAGUAGGACCCGUGCUGAAUAUCAUCCCUCAAAGCUCUAAUACUAGCGAGCAACCUUGGCUUCAGCAGAGCUGUCCAAUCGCAGCUAAGAAACAGAGGGUGGAUUCUGCACCUCUUGCCGACUGGCUCCUUGGAAACCGUCCAGUGACUACUGCCCCAGUUGGAUACCAAUCAAGCAAGAACCCACAGGAUUGGUUGAUCACCGGCAGGGAUAUUCAGUCAUCCUGCCCUGUGGCCCCCUUUGACUUCCACAAGGCCUGGGGCCAGCUGAAGGACCUGGAGGUGUGGCUGCUGAAGGAGAAGACUCCCAUCAGAGAGAGAACCAACAGUAUCUGUAGCAUCAGCAGCAGCUCAACCUUCUCCAUUGAGAAGAUUGAUGAGUCUGAGUUAGACAUGGCUCUGGAGGAGGAGGAGGAGGAAGAAGAAGAGGAGGAGAGGGCAAAGAUUGAAGAACUGAGUGACUGGCUCAUCACCCCAGCUACUGUUGCCAAGGAGACCACCAGCGAGGACUGCCAGGCCUCUGAUGCUGACAGGUGGAAGCAGGUCUUCAAGCCUUUCCAGGAAGGUUUCUACACUAGCGAUUGGCUGCCAAAAUCAGACUGCGGCUCGUGCUGUGCCAAGUCUGUGGAGAUUGAGAACCUGGGCAAACUCUUGUGCCUGAAAACCACCCCCACCUCUGCUGCCACCACACCCCAGACCCCCAGCCCUGUGGAGAUCUGGCUGCAGCAGGCCAUUCCAGUCCAGCAGUCGUGCAAAGCCAACGAGUCCUGCUCCAGCUACUCCCAGUGUGUGUGUGACGAGAACUGCGGCAAAGAGGCCCUCUCCACCUGGCUCCUCAAGAAGGAGGGUCGGGACAAGAACGGAGUCUCAGUGGACAAAAACAAGCAGUCCACCAUCUACCACCAAGAGCAAGAACAGAAGGUUCAGGCCAUCCUGGAGUCCUGGCUCCACCCUAGCAAGCCUGGCAAGACCAUAGGCUCCACGUCCCAAGCCUUAUCAUCCCUCUCAGCCUGGGUAUCUCAACCAGCCUCCCAGGGGAAGGAGAAGGCCAGCAGGGUGGAACACAGCUCCCAGUUCAAAGGCCCCAAGUCGGAGAGCCCUUUCAGCAAACCACUGCAGCCAGAGUGUUGGGUCUUACCUGAGAAGACCCACAGUAGCACCGCUGCCACACCGAGACAGGAGAGCACAAAGGAGCAACCCAACACAGAACCAGAGGAGGACAAGUGGCUUCUACGCAAGAGGGCCAAUGCUCAGGAGCGACUUGCCCUUCCCACAGUAUGUGAUCUAUUUUCCUGUAUGAAAAUGGGUGGAGAGAAAGAGAAGUGGCUACACCGGGCACCUAUGCAGAUGUAAAAGCUGUAUCCAGUAGAUUUUUGAAGAUAUUUUUUGGAUUUUAUUGUGGAGCCACUUUAAUGCUGAUGGUCGCAUACAAUGUCUUGAUUAACUUUUUCCUCUAAUGCUCUUCUGGGAAUGGGUCUCUCUCUCUGAGAUGUGCCUCCCGCCCCUAGUCUGAUAUAGAGACUGGGGUUUGUGGACCUGCUGCCAUCUGGAAUUCUUUGAAUUUGCCUUCUAUAAUCAUAUUAGAGUUCUCAAUGUCAAGCUAGCAAGAUGGGCCAUGGAUCUAAAGCUAACUCACAAUGUGAUUUUGAGAAUCUCUGUUCUUGAGAAAGUACAAGCUCACAUGAAUGUUUGGGGUGAGGGAGGUUAGAUAUUUAUUUUAAUCAACCAUAUUUUAAGAAACCCUUUUUAUGGAAUGCGGUAAAGAGUUGUCAAGUAUACAUCACUAGUAUGAGUGAUCAUUGUAGUGGUAUUCACAGAAUUCCAUCAUUCUGUGACUAUGCGCUGUGGGACUGUGGGUAUAUCUAGUUUUCCCCCAUACUCAAAAAAGACUAUCAAGUAAUGUAAGCUACUCUUUGGUUUCUAUUUCUUAGUAUGUUUUCUUUCGAUCUGGUGAAAUAUUAUUUUGGCUUAAACACCAGUAUAGCUUUCUCUGAAAUGGCUUCAAAAUAGUCAUCUAAAUUACAAGCUUAACGUAGAGGCAUUCUCAAUUACCAAUACAUCUACCCUUAUCUCACUAACUCCAUAGUUCUGGUUUAUGUGCCUCAAGUUUGCUUCAUUGUAUUUAGUGGAUACAUUGUGAAACCGGUGUUGGUUUGCCUGUCCUAUAUCACCUGUGUUGAGAUUGUAUCACUGCUGUGCAAGAGUUGAUUGUUUUCAUGUUGCAAAUAUGCAAGCUGAAAAUGUUGUGCCCAAUAUAGUAAUUCCAUUGAAAUGACUUUCGAUUGGCUAAAACUAAUGAAGCAAACAUCUAUCAAAAGAACACCUUGUAUUGAUAACCACUGAUAUGUAUGUCUUUCUGCAUAUUACCUCUGUAGAUGUCUCUCCAUAGAGGGUAGACCAAAGAUAUUUGUGCAUGGCUCUAAGUGCAAUGGGGAGUUGGGUAGGAGAGGAGAAACACAAUGGUGCUUGAUGAAUGGUUCUAAUAGGUUUUUUCAGUUCAUAUUGGGGGCCUGUGCAAAUGCUUUUUACCAUAAAGUAGAACUAUCCAUAUUAUCACUUGUCUAACUCCCUCUGCUGUUACACCUGUACCAUAUUUAACUCUUAAUAAAAACAAAACCUUGA